AUGUCCCGUCUCCUGCGACCUGCGGCCCGUCUGGCCGCCGCCUCGACGCGCGCCGCCGCCGCCGUCAAGGCUCCCGCCGCUUCCUCGCUCGUCCUCCCGCGCGCCACGACCCCCGUCUUCUUCGGUGCCCAGCAGACCCGGCGGUACGCCGAGGGCAAUGGCGUCAAGGAGUAUACGGUCCGCGAGGCCCUCAACGAGGCCCUGGCCGAGGAGCUCGAGUCCAACCCCAAGGUCUUCAUCCUGGGUGAGGAGGUUGCCCAGUACAACGGCGCCUACAAGGUCACUAAGGGCCUGCUGGACCGGUUCGGCGACAAGCGCGUCAUCGACACCCCCAUCACCGAGAGCGGCUUCUGCGGCCUCGCCAUCGGUGCCGCCCUCAGCGGCCUGCACCCCGUGUGCGAGUUCAUGACCUUCAACUUCGCCAUGCAGGCCAUCGACCAGAUCGUCAACUCGGCCGGCAAGACCCUCUACAUGUCCGGUGGCAUCCAGCCCUGCAACAUCACCUUCCGUGGCCCCAACGGCUUCGCCGCCGGUGUCGCCGCCCAGCACUCGCAGGACUACUCGGCCUGGUACGGCAGCGUGCCCGGCCUCAAGGUCGUCUCCCCCUGGAGCGCCGAGGACGCCAAGGGCCUGCUCAAGGCCGCCAUCCGCGACCCCAACCCCGUCGUCGUCCUCGAGAACGAGCUCAUGUACGGCCAGUCCUUCCCCAUGUCCGAGGCCGCCCAAAAGGACGACUUCGUCCUGCCCUUUGGCAAGGCCAAGGUUGAGCGUGCCGGCAAGGACCUGACCAUCGUGUCGCUGUCCCGCUGCGUCGGCCAGUCGCUCGUCGCCGCCGAGAACCUCAAGAAGAAGUACGGUGUCGAGGCCGAGGUCAUCAACCUGCGGUCCGUCAAGCCCCUCGACGUUGAGUCCAUCGUCAACUCGGUCAAGAAGACGGGCCACCUGCUCUCGGUCGAGUCCGGCUACCCCGCCUUUGGUGUCGGCUCCGAGAUCCUCGCCCUGACCAUGGAGUACGCCUUCGACUACCUCGACGCCCCGGCCCAGCGCGUCACCGGCGCCGAGGUCCCCACGCCGUAUGCCCAGAAGCUCGAGGAGAUGAGCUUCCCCACCGAGCAGCUCAUCGAGGACUAUGCCGCCAAGAUGCUGCGCGUCUAA